CAUUCCAAGACGGGGCGGGGAGUAGCGGGUUCGGGACAUUGGAGUGGGAAGUCCUAGACACGUCGUUUUUGGAAAGCGGACGCGCUGCAACGGGACUAUGCAGGGGAGAGUCCGAAGUCCGAGCGCUGGUUUAGCCAUUAUUUUCUUCGUCCACUCGGCUUUGCUCUUCUCUCCUUCCUCUUUAGACUCGCUUGUCUUGCAGCUCAAAAUGAGGUCCCUAUAUACCACCUGCAGCUUACUGUGACACAAAAACGCCCACCGUCAUAACGGCUUCUUGUAUAAGCGACUGUGGAAAAGCUGGGGAGAGUGGUAGAGUUGAUUGCCAUGGGGUUUUCCACCCAGAAGACCACCACCACUACUUUGAGGCCCUUUUGCCCCUCCUCCUUCUGGACUUCGCGCUCUUUUCGCGUCGCGUCAUCUUCUUGGCCUUUCAUUUCUCCCUCCGAAGCUCACUGUCGCAGCAGAAGAAAAAUCCUCUCCAUUCAGGUAGCCAACAAUGGCCUCCAAAAUAGCACCGUGCCUUGUAAUUCUCUUCAAUUUAGAGAAGGUUCUUUACAAUUUCUAUCAAGAAUUGUUAUCGGGAUCAACAAGUACAAUGACAUGGAAUAUAACUGUAAUCUAUACAAGACUCCAGUUCAUGUUUCAUUCAUGAAAUUUUCAACUGCAUCAACUGGUAUGUUGGAGGAAGUGACAGAUGCAGAAGCGCUGAAUUCUUCACGUUAUUCUGAAGCAAAGGUUCAGACAGUAAGUAUUUUUGCUCGUGACUGUGGAACAUCCAGUGUCACCACUAAAGGUGAACUGUUUGGUGAUAGAAGAGGAUGGAUGCGAGCUAGAGAUAAUUUGACUGUAACUAAAAUGCAAAAUAAGUUUGAGUGCAAUAAUUGCAGCGCUCAUGCAUCUAAAAUAUGCAUUUCCAAUGCCCAGGAGCAAGUUCUUUCUAAGGAUGGAGGUCCUGGUCCUCGCUUACUGCAGGACCAUGAUCUGCCUAUCUCAUCCCCUGUAGUUAGUCAUUCUAAAUCAAAAAAUACAAAAGUGCUGAUGGAAUCUAAAUGGGUGGGGAGCCAGUCAAUUGAACCCCAUUUGGAAAUCAGUAAAGAUGAAACUUCUGACAUAAAUGAGAAUCACAAUUCAGAGGCAUCUACAAAGUAUGCUGACAUUGCAUCAUUGUCCAGAAAAAAAUAUGUUACUGGUGACUUGAAACUUCGGGUCAGGCUCUGUAGCAUCUUUAAAGAUAUCCUGGUUGUUGAUAGUAUUUCUCUUGCUAAGGAAGUAGUUGGAAUGCUUACAAAUAAGUACAGGCAUCUUAUACAUGCAUGUGAUACUGAGGUGGCCAAGAUUGAUGUCAAAGAGGAAACACCUAUUGAUCAUGGGGAAAUAGUAUGCUUCAGUAUUUAUUCUGGUCCAGAAGCUGAUUUUGGAGAUGGGAAAUCCUGUAUCUGGGUGGAUGUUCUUGAUGGUGGAGGCAAACAGAUGUUAUUCGAAUUUGAACCAUUUUUCAAGGACCAAUCCAUCAAAAAGGUCUGGCAUAACUAUAGCUUUGAUAAUCAUGUUAUAGAGAACUAUGGGCUUAAAGUUUCUGGUUUUCAUGCUGAUACAAUGCACAUGGCACGAUUGUGGAAUUCAUCAAGACGCUUGGAUGGGGGUUAUUCUCUUGAAGCACUUACGAGUGAUAAAAGAGUUAUGUGUGGGACUCAUUUGAACCAUGAAAACGAUUUGAUUGGUAAAGUGUCAAUGAAAGCUAUAUUUGGGCGGAAAAAGGUGAAAAAAGAUGGAUCUGUGGGUAAAAUGAUAACCAUUCCUCCUGUUGAAGAGCUACAAAGGGAUGAGCGAAUACCUUGGAUAUGUUAUUCUGCCUUAGAUGCUAGGAGCACUCUAAAGCUUUAUGAAAGCCUUAAGAGCCAUCUCUCAAAAAUGCUGUGGAAAGUUGAUGGAGUGCAAAUGAUGGGACUGGCUUCUGAAAAAUCCAUGCAUGAUUCUGAAAAAUCCAUGUAUGAUUUCUAUGAAGAAUAUUGGCGGCCAUUUGGUGAACUUCUAGUCCAAAUGGAAUCUGAAGGGAUGUUAGUUGACCGUGUGUAUCUUGCUGAGAUAGAGAAAGUGGCCAAAGCAGAGCAAGAGGUAGCUGUUAAUAGGUUCCGGAAAUGGGCAUCUAGGUAUUGUCCUGAUGCAAAGUAUAUGAAUGUGGGAAGCGAUGCUCAGUUGCGCCAGCUGCUAUUUGGUGGCAUGGUGAACAGUAAAGACCAUAGUGUGGCACUUCCAAUUGAGCGAACUUUCAAAGUUCCCAAUGCUGAUAACAUUAUCAAAGAAGGCCAGAGGGCACGCUCAAAAUUUCGUGAUAUUAAGUUGCAUAGUAUUGGUUGUCAGCUGCAAACUGAGAUGUACACAGAAACUGGUUGGCCGUCUGUCAGUGGUGGUGCUUUAAAGGCUCUUGCUGGAAAUGUUUCUGCUGAAUAUGACUUUAUAGAUGAGGCCUGUAACGUGGAUUGUGAUGAUGAAUAUGAAAAUUCUUCUCAGAAUGAAGUUAUCCAUGUAGAAAAAGACAAUAAAGCUUAUGGAACAGCUUUUUCUGCCUUUUCAACAGUGCAUGAAGGGAGAGAAGCUUGCCAUGCAAUUGCUGCUUUAUGUGAAGUCUGUUCAAUUGACUCUUUGAUAUCUAACUUCAUCCUUCCCUUGCAGGGUAGUAAUGUUUCAGGAAGGAAUGGGCGCAUUCAUUGUUCCUUAAAUAUCAACACAGAGACAGGACGCUUGUCAGCUAGAAGACCUAAUCUACAGAAUCAACCUGCUUUGGAAAAGGACCGGUACAAGAUCCGUCAAGCUUUUAUAGCUGCACCUGGUAAUUCUCUUAUAGUUGCUGAUUAUGGACAGCUCGAGCUUAGGAUUCUUGCACACCUUGCCAGCUGUAAGAGUAUGCUGGAUGCCUUUAAAGCUGGCGGCGAUUUCCAUUCAAGGACUGCAAUGAAUAUGUAUCCUCAUAUACGAGAAGCAAUUGAAAAAGAGCAAGUGAUUCUGGAGUGGCAUCCUCAGCCUGGUGAAGAUAAACCCCCAGUUCCUCUACUAAAGGAUGCAUUUGCGUCUGAAAGAAGGAAAGCCAAAAUGCUUAACUUUUCAAUUGCCUAUGGAAAAACUCCCAUGGGCCUAGCCAGGGAUUGGAAGGUUUCCGUGAAAGAAGCUAGGGAAACAGUUAACCUCUGGUACAAUGACAGAAAAGAAGUAUUGGUAUGGCAAGAGCAGCGUAAAAAAGAAGCUUGUGAGCAUUAUUGCGUAUACACAUUGCUAGGGCGAGCCCGGCAGUUCCCUUUGAUGGCUAAGGCUACAUCAUCUCAAAAAAGUCACAUUGAGCGAGCAGCUAUUAAUACUCCAGUGCAGGGUAGUGCAGCUGAUGUUGCCAUGUGUGCCAUGUUACAAAUAUCCAAAAACAUAUGGUUGAAAGAACUUGGAUGGAAGUUACUUCUACAGGUUAACUUCAUGUUCAUGACGAAGUCAUACUUGAAGGGCCAACAGAAUCAGCUGAGAUUGCAAAGGCUAUAGUUGUUGACUGCAUGUCCAAACCCUUUGAUGGCAAGAAUAUUCUUCAAGUUGACCUCGCUGUUGAUGCAAAGUGUGCUCAAAACUGGUACUCUGCAAAAUAGAAAUUUGGUCUGAGUUCUUAAGGUAUGAAGGCCAUACAUUGGUUUAGAAGGGGCUUAUUUUGCCCCAUCGUGCCGCUGCUAUUAGUGGAUCUGGGGAAUGUUUCCUCUCAUUUUCCUCUCACCUUCGCUCCAUAAUUCGUCAAUUGGGUCUGUGAUUGCAAUCAAAGAUGCUUUCGCUUGGGUCUCUGUUUGGUCGGGAGAGUAAGAGGUUUUGGACGUUCUGGGUUGCGGUUCCAAUUUGAAGGUUUGUGAAUAUUAAACGUCCAUAGCAAGAAGCAGAGUACUUAUUUUGUAAGUUACAUGUUAUUUGCUUCAUGUAGCUAUUUGAUUUUCGGCUCGUUGCAGAUUGUAUUCUACAUGUAUAUAAAUCAAAUACGGUGACCAUGUCAAUCUCACUUCCAAAUGGCUAUGUCUAGUUCUUAGUUGUUGGUUAUA